UUAUUUAUAUUUAAUUUAUAUUUAAUUUGCUGACCCUGCUUUGUUAUGCACAGAAACGCUGUUCUGCCAGUGAGCCGCGUAAAGAAUGGGAAAGCAUGAACGGGAGUUUCGUAACAGCCCUGGUUUGCUGUGGGUACGAUGGUGUGUGUUCAUCCCUUUCCAAACCUGUACCUCCACGCCCUUGAGCAUCUCCUGGGCUGAGUGCUUAGGGAUGCGGCUGGAUCCAGGAGGCUUCGCGUAGGCUCUCUGCAGAUGCUGAAUUUACGCAUAAAGAGAAGGGGUAGGGAGGCAGAGGUAGGGAAAUAGAGCUGGUGCCCAGUUAGUAAAAGCCAGGAGGGAAAUAAAGCAAAGGUCAGGUUCCUCCUGAGAGUGGAGGAACAAAAGCAGCAGCGCACAGCAGGGAGCAGGAGAACGAAGAGAAGGUUAAGUGCCGCCGAAACAGAACGGCUGACGACAAGAUGGAGGGGGAGAGGGAGUGCAGAGCCACAAGGAUGCGGCUGCAACCAAGUCUGGAGAAUAAAAGCCAAAGUGCUGCAGUGCUCAGCGCUCCCCGGUGUGACCUUCAACACCCGUGGGCUCAGGGGCUGCUGGGUGGGCAGUGCAGAUGGUCAGGAGGGCACUGCCACCCCCUGCCAGAAAGGAGCUUGCUGGGGGUCUCGGGGCAGUGGGAGCAUCACUUUUCCUUCCAAGCUGAUGAAGACCUUUGUACAGUCCAAUACACCCACUUAAUGCCGGUUCUGGCAGAAGUUUUCACUGAUUUUCAAUGUCCUGUCCCAGCACCCAUUUAAGUAUGACGUGACGUGCCUGGAGUAUCUUCCAGAUACUCUUUAUUUCCUUCACGGACCACUUUAUUUUGCCUCUGAACAACUUCACGGCGCACGUGGUAGCCCACUACCUGCUUGUUGGACACACGGGGUGGUUCAAUAAUCCAGUUCCCACCUCAUCUCCCACUGACACCAUUACUUCCAGAACAUCCCUGCAAUUAGAGAGCGGCUGAUUCCCAGCACGGAUGCUGCUGCACCACAGCAAAACCCACUCAGAAAUCACGCUAACAAGGAGCAAGGAGCAGAGAUGGAUAAGAUACUGGAAGCUGUGGUGAUGUCUUCUUACCCCAACAAUGUGAAGCAAGGUCUUGUGAGGCGCGUUAUCGAGGCAGCAAAGCAGCCCAUGGACAGUGAGCAGUGCUGGUCCAUGCUGGAGCUGUCCACCAAGCUUUAUCUCACUGGGGACACCAAGUAUAAAAGAGAGAUUGGGAAAGAGGUUUUGGAGGUCUAUGGCCAUUAUCACCCAGAGGAAUUUGAGGAAUUCUUCAAUGUCCGCUUCCUGCUGAGUCUCCUCCAGGAAGGCUAUGGACCUCUGGGGAAGAGAAGCCAUUAUGUACUUGAUUAUAUCCAGUUAGGACUGCAGUUUGUCCUGGAAAGCCCAUCAGCAAACAACAUCUUCAGCUUAUUGAGGAUUGAGGUGCUCCGGAAAGUCUGCGAGAGGCCCAGCCCCAAGCAGUGUGCAAAGAUCAGCAAACUCUUAAUGCAGCAUCCUCAGUGCAUUCCCACAGGAAAACACCAGCUCUUGUUCUGUCAGCAGCUGAUCCGGUGCAUCGGGCAGUUCCAGUGCGUUUCUGAGGGGGAAGAGGAGAUCAUGGAGUUUUUGGAGCAGGUGAACAAAGUGAGUGGUUUGCUGCAGAGGAUCUGGAGGACUCAGACCUCAGCCAUCCUGCCCUCUUUGAAAGAACUGUUCACCAUAAUUUCUUCAACAGAGGAACAGGAAGCGCCCUCCAAUGCCUUGGCCAGCGUGGUUCAGUUUGUCCCUCUGGAGCUCAUGGAUGGCGUCAUAAGAAACCUCACCAAUGAUGACAGCAUCACUGAUGUGCAAAUGAUGAUGGCCAUUGGCAGGAUGAUUGACUGGGUGUCUUGGCCCCUGGGAAAGAACAUAGACAAGUGGAUAAUUGCUCUGCUGAAGGGUUUGGCUGCAGUGAAGAAGUUCAGCAUCUUGAUUGAAGUCACUCUUUCAAAAAUAGAAAAGGUCUUCUCCAAGCUGCUGUACCCCAUUGUGAGGGAGGGGGCUUUGUCUGUCCUGCAGUACAUGCUGCUGAGCUUCCAGCACUCCCACGAGGCAUUUCACUUGCUACUUCCCCACAUCCCCAGGCUGGUGGCUUCUUUGAAGAAGGAGGAUUCCAAUUCUGCAACCAGCUCCCUGGAGCAGCUGGCCGAGCUCAUCCACUGCAUGUUCUUCCGCUUCUCAGGAUUCCCAGACCUCUAUGAACCAGUCCUAGAAGCAGUUAAAGCUCUCCCAAUUCCAAAUGAAGACCGGAUUAAACACCUCUUGGGACAAAAUGCUUGGACCUCCCAGAAGAAUGAGCUGGCCUGCUUCUACCCACGCCUGGCAUCCAAAUCAGAGACGGGAAAGAUUGGGUUAAUUAACUUGGGAAACACCUGCUACAUGAACAGCAUCAUACAAUCUCUUUUCAUGGCUUCAGACUUUCGGCAUUCAGUGUUGAAUUUAACUGAGGGCAACUCCCAGCCCCUGAUGACAAAGCUCCAGUGGCUCUUUGCAUUUUUGGAGCACAGUCAGCGACCUGCCAUCUCCCCUGAGAGCUUCCUCUCUGCCUCCUGGCCACCCUGGUUCACCCCUGGAGCUCAGCAGGACUGCUCAGAGUACCUCAAGUAUUUGCUGGACCGAUUGCAUGAAGAAGAAAAAACUGGAAAAAGGAUCUACCAGAAGCUCAAGGAAUCCAGCUUGAUGUCUCAGGCAGUGGAGCAUCAUUACUUAAACAAGACAUUGAUUGAGAAGAUGUUUGGGGGUAAAAUGAUGACAAAGAUCCGCUGCUUGAAGUGCCUGAAUGUUUCAUCCCGAGAAGAAGCCUUCACAGACCUGUCUCUGGCUUUUCCUCCAUCGGAUAGGAACGUGCGUGGGACCACAUCUGUUCUACCAGUGGAAGAAAUUGGUGCACAGUUCAUUGAGCCUCCAGAAAAUGCAGGCCAGCUUAUGGGCUCUCCCUGGAUCCAGAGGAAGGCCCCCAUGGCCAGUGACCAUGCAGCCCCAACAGUGUCGGUGGAAACAUUAGGUUUCCAGGAACCAGGAGAAGCAGCAAAUCCCAUAUGUGGCAAUGAUGUUGGGGUGGAUGCAGCCAAAGACCCUGUCUCGACUUCUGGGGAGCAGGCACAUGCUCCCAAGGACUCCAGAUCUGUCCCAGAUUUAAUCAACUAUUUUCUAUCCCCGGAGAGACUGACAGCAGAGAAUAAAUACCACUGUGAGAAAUGUGCAUCCUUGCAGGAUGCUGAGAAGGUGGCAGAGCUGACAGAGGGUCCACACUACCUCAUCCUCACACUGCUGCGGUUUUCCUUUGACCCACGGACUAUGAAGCGGAAGAAGAUCUUGGACAAUGUCUCCAUCCCUGUGGUGCUCAAGCUACCCAUCCUUGUUGCUCCAGAGGAAACUGAGGAGGUUUGCCAGCAUGGGAAGGAUGGUGCUGUCCCAGGGAGUGGCUUCAUGACUGUCGUGUACGACCUCUGCAGUGUGGUGGUGCAUUCAGGCAUCUCCUCUGAGAGUGGUCACUACUACUGUUACUCCAGGGAGUGCACUGACACUGUCCCCCAUGGCCAGCCCCGGGAUGGGGUGCCAAAACAGGCCUCUGACAAACAAUUGGACUUUGAAAUCCAGUGGUACCUCUUCAAUGACACCAGAGUUUCCUUCUCCUCCUUCGAGUCAGUCAGUAACGUCACCUCGUUCUUCCCCAAAGACACCGCCUAUGUCCUCUUCUACCGGCAGCGGCCGGGCCGGCAGAGCUGCCUGCUGCAUGAGGCUCUGGCUGAGGCUGGCCGCCUGCACGGCGAACUCUCUCUCCACAAGGACUUGAUGGAAGCCAUUUCCAAAGACAACAUCCUCUUCUUGCAGGAGCAGGAAAAAGAAGCGAGGAACAGAGCUGCCUAUAUUUCUGCCUUGCCGAAAUCCCCGCUGUGGUGGAGAGACUUGGACAGGGACAAGGAUGAUGACAGCUCGUCUGGGGGCUGCAGCCCAGCAGCAGGUGGGGGUGGGUCCAGCUCCUUCCAUGGACUCGUCUUUUAGCCAACAGCUUAACCCAGAUGGGCAGUGUUCAUGGGGUCAACCCAAAGCCAGAAGCUCCUCUUCCUCACCCCGAUGACAGUGAAUAUCUUGGAGGAGGACUUGAGAAACAUUUCAAUGGAAAAGGUCUCAGGGGCUGAUUUGGAGGCACCUGGAGGGUCUUGCUGCUUCCUAUGCACUUGGUCUUCAUGCCUUAAUGUACCUAAGCUAACACAGAGAUGAGCAGCUGCUGACAGCUCAGAGAAGUGCCCUUUUGCUUCAGCAUAGCCAUGUCUUGCCUGCUGUGAGCCAUGCCAGCAGCCUGGGGAGGUGACGGGGACAGGCAUGGGAAGAUGGACCCAGCAGGGCCCUGGGGAUGGAGAUGUCCCAUGCACAUCCCAUCUGCAGCCCUUCCUGUGGCGCUAAGUUGGUUCUGGGGUGACUCUGCUCAGUUAUAUUUCUUUUUAAUGUGAUUUGGGAACCCACCAUGAAAAGCUCUGAAGGUAGAAAAAAGUCUGAAAAAUGCCAAAAUGCAGCAGUGCUGGUCUUUAAGGCAGUAAGCUUGUAAAACAAGCAGUGGCAGGUCAGCCAGGGUGGGUUGUGCUGCAUUGCAAGACAUCCAGAAGAGACUGAGGGGGACAAACCCCUCCAGCCAAGAGAGACUGACCUGAUCCAGUUAGGGUUUCUGGGCUCCAGUGAAGACCCAUUGGGUAGGUGAUCGCCUCUGGAUACUGUUAGUGUGCACAGCAGGCCAAGACACAGAGCUUGUUUUUCCAGAUGUGUCUUUAGGAUUUGAUUAGUCUCUUUCUGCUGCUGUCAUUUGAUGACUUUCUGGGCUGGAUCUGCCCUUUAAAAUACAGGAUUUCCCUUGGGAUACCGCAGCAGAUGACAGAGCCUCCCUAAACUCAUUAUCUAUUUUUUUUUGUUGUUUUAAAUGCUGAUUUGCAAGGUGAGUAGCCCAACCAGGUAUGUUAUAUCAAUCUAAUAUCAAUAUAUACUAUGUAAACCAAUGUAUUAUAUAAAUCAAUAAUGGGACAGGGGCUCAUUCUGAUGGCAGAUGGCAAACUCAAGCCCCAGGCAGCACACCUACAGGACCACAGCUCCCUCCCAUGUCCCACCCCACCCGUUUUCCCCUGCCUGCUCCUCCUUCACACCUGUAGUAGAGAUUUCUCUGGCUCAAGUGGCAGAGACUUGUGCCUUAGGUCCUAAGUGCAGGGCCUAAUCCUGACCAUGGACUAUUGGGGUAGGAGUAUUUUUAGGAGUGUUUUUGUGGAGGAAAAGGCAAAGCACAGACAUUACUGUGGGUAAUGUGUGCAGAAAGUCUGCUAGAGGGAACACUUAGGGUCAAGUAUCUGGUGUAUACCAUCAUGUUCUUUUAUUGCCUUUCCUAUAUAUAAAUAAAGGAAAU